AUGUCCGGCAUCACCGAUUUACAAGCUCGCUUGAAAGAGCUCUCCACAGCUCUGUCUCAUAUACAUCCCCUGGUUUCUCGGUUAAAGGGCUUCACGACUGCGGUUGGACAGGGAGAUCAGCCUCGUCUGGAACUGGGGACGGAAAUCCAUACUCGUCUGAAAGAAGCGGAGGAGCAAUUGGAGUUGCUGAAGGUCGAAGUCGAGGCUCUGGAGGCUGCAGCGGAUACGCGGCGCAAGGGUGUGGAUAAUGAGAAGGAGUCGGAAAGAGAACGGGUCAUCGCCUUGGCUGGACGACUGGCGGAUGAUUUGAAGAGAACGAGAGGAGACUUCCGGAACGCACAAUUACAAGCGAAACGGAACGCUGAAGUUGCCCGACGAAAAGAGCGAGAGUUACUAUUCACGAGAUCUCAAAGUGCGGAGAGGAAGAAGCAGUCGAGUGAGAAAUUGACGCAGGAUGAUAUCGUCAUGAAUGCUUCGAAUGAUGUUACGGCUGCGCUGAGACGGACGCAUCAGCUGAUGCAGGCGGAGCUGUCGCGGAGUCAGUUUGCGCAGGAGACGUUAGAACAAUCGACUGCUGCGCUUUCCUCGCUGUCAGAAUCUUACACAGAUCUCGAUUCUCUGAUUUCGUCGUCGCGCAACCUCAUCGGGUCUUUGCUCCGCUCGCAAAAGUCGGAUACGUGGUACCUUGAGACGGCUUUCUACAUUCUGGUGGGCACCAUUAUUUGGCUUGUCUUCAGGCGGAUAUUAUACGGUCCCUUGUGGUGGCUUGUCUGGCUGCCCAUCAGGCUGUUCGCGAGGUUUACGUUUGCUAUUUUGGGCGUCGUUGGGAUUACUGGUAAGGCUGUUCAGUCUUCUGAACCUAGUACGAUGCUCGAAUAUGUGCCGCAAGAGACUCCAGUAGUUGAGCACAAGGUGGAGCCGAACGUUCAAAGCGCUGAGGGCGAAGCGGUAUGGGAUCAAAUUCCGGUUGCGGAUGAGGCAGAGGAGGACCGCUUAAUCGAUGAGAUCGGCAAAAUGGUGGAAGAAAGCGAGGAGCAGGAGGAGACCAACAUUGAUGACAUUUCUGAAGAGGAAAGGCAAAGGCAGGCGGAGUUGCCCCGGAAUCCUAAGAAGAGGAUGUUUGAGGCGACGGAUAUACCACAGCAGAGGGACGAACUAUAG